AUGGACUACCAAGCAGACCCGUCCAGCUCGACGGCGCCGACCAACGUCUCGCUCGGCCUGCGUGGCCACCGUCUCUCGCUCGAGCGUGAGGCGUUGAUGGAGUUGCCCGAGAGCGUGCUGCUGUGUCUGUUUCCCAACGGCGUCGUGCUCUCGGCACAGCGACAACCUCGACUCGAUGGCACCCAGGACGUUGACGAUGGCGAGGACGUCUACUUUGUCGAUGUGAGUCUUGGCUUCUUGAGCCUGGAGCAGCUCCGCCAGCUGCCUCUCAAGCUCCCUAGUGGCCCUCGCGUAUGACCUCGCGUAUGACCUCGUCCGCCGUCAUCGACACCGUAGAGGCUCAUCCGACUACUCGAGCUUGAGCAUCAUCGUCCUCGCUUGGGGCUCGCUUCUCCCGGGAUGGUGUACUCUGCGGGUGAUGGUGCUGUAUCUCCUCCUCGGCUGCCACCCUGUCAGCUUCGUCGAAUGGGCCGGCGCUCACGUGGUUGGCCAACGGCAAACCACAAAGACCCAGCUCGUUCGCCCGCCCCUGUUCCAUGACUCUCUACCCGGCAUGACAGGAUAGUGACCGUCCCGGAACAUCAUCCUUGGUAUUCCCAGUUUGACGCGAAAUGCCUCGAGUUUGUGCUCAAUUUCUUUGCCACCGCACGCGACGCCUUCUACGGACCGCCGCAAGGGCCACGACGGAACUUGUCCGAAUCCGCCCAGGCUGCCGCCAACAACAUACCUAACCCGCUCUUUCUCAAACAAGCCAUUAUCGUACUGCGCGAGGAACUCGAGUACUUUGUGAUCCCACCCAAGGGCAAGUUCAACGCCGCAGCCGACAGCUUCAUCGACGAGAAGCACCCACCGACAACAACAGCUGACGAGGUCGCGGGGACGGACGAGGCGGGCAAACCCAACAAGACCCUAUUGCAGCUCAAGAUGGACUGCGGUAAAGCCUUGCUGGAACGCAAGAGCAUCUUUACGGCCCUGCAGCGCAACGUCAACCGCGAGAACAACGUCGCCGAGCAGCAUCUCAUCGACAUGCUCUGCAUGAGGUGAGUCCAGUCGACCUCAUCUCUGCUCCUUGACCAAGGAUGUGAAGUUUCCUCAGUGCGUAUCACUUAUGCUUUAAACCACAUCGACCCUGCUUCCUUUCGUGUAGCGGCUUCGAACGGGACGACGCGUGGGGCUACCGCUCGCUCGAACCGAAUCGGUGCUGCAUUGCGUCAAUCGCCUUGGUCCUCCUCAAGACGGGCAUCACCCACCCACCCAUCACACUGCCCGAGGGAGAGACGGUCAGACCGUCGGUCGACGUCAAUGCGCAACAACUUGCGACGGCGCAAAAGCUGCUGCUGUUUUGGAGGAAACCCGCAGUGAGUCUUCGGCCCUAUCCAGAGCUGUCCAGCUUCAUGUCCGACACUGACUCGGUCGAGCCAUCUCGAAACAGCGUAAAUGCUGGUGGGACGCGACCGAGUUGACAUUGGACGAGGGGACGGACCAAGCACGGCAGAUCAAGGUCUGGGCUCGGCGGGUGUGGACUUUGGAACUCAGUCUCAUCUGA